AUGAACCUGCCCGCUCGAAUAUUGCUACUACUAAACAAUCGUCGUGCCGGCAUCAAGAUCACGGAGGAGAGCGAGGGCAUCGAGGAAAUAAAGCCAUUGGUACAAGCCAGCUCAAAGGCAGCUGUCAAGAUGGCUGACCCCUUUUACAUGUGGUUCCUGACGGGCGGCACAGCCCACAACAUACCCGCCAACACCACCCGCGUGAUACACAUGGCCCGGGAGCGCAACGACGCCACCGCGGCUGCCACAGAGUACGCGACGGCCCGCAAGGAGGCCAAGGCGGAGUUGAAGUCGAGCAAAGAGGAACUCAAGGCAGAGCUCAAGUCGGCCAGCAAGCAGCUCGACGCCGCUCACAAGGCCGUGUGGGAGAACAAGCCCAAGGACAAGCGCAAGUGGCUCAAUGCUCGACAUCAGCAGCAGCAGCAGCAGCAGCAGCAGCAGCAGCAGGGCAUCACCGCCAUGGAUGGAAAUGACGCGGCGGUGGGGCAGGAAAGUCAGCCGCUCUCCCCGGAGCCGCCAGCAGCAACAUCAGCUGAUGACGGCACCGUGCCGGAGGGAACUUCAGCCGCAGACCAGAGGGCGGCAGAACAGGCACGUCUCGAUAUGCAGCUGACCGAGGUUUAUGAGCGCGCCACCAAGGUCAUGGCAGAUUUGCAUGCCAUCCUUGACUCUCCAGAAAUUGCCCAGAGAGUUACCCAAGCAAGUGCCUGA